CAUCGUUCUUCAGUCGGGUGCCUGGUGCUUUCCUCCCCUUACCCGCGAGCAGACGCUUUUUAACACGCGCCCGCCCGCCCCAAAUCCGGAAGGCUCCGAAGCAGUCGCUGGCACAGCGAAGGUAGGCUGAGCACCUGUUGCUUCACUUGACUUCACGUGGAGUCAGAGACACUCAGCACUGAAAAUUAGACACUCGGGAAUGAGCUGCAGGUAAUCCUGGCCUCUCCACCAUGUUUUUGCAGUGUUCACAAGGUUUACUGAAACUUGCAAGUCUUCAUCUUCGGACCCCCCAACUAAAUCAGUGUUUAACAUAUAAUAGAAAGAGUUUUAGCACCAAAUCGCUUUCUAAAUGUCGAAGGCGAGUAGUUAUCACAGGUAUUGGCUUAGUAUCUCCUCUUGGUGUUGGGACACAAUUCGUAUGGAACCGCCUUCUCCAAGGAGACAGUGGAAUUGUUUCUCUAAAUGGGGAAGAAUAUACAAAUGUUCCAUGUAAAGUGGCUGCUUGUGUGCCAAGGGGAAAUGGUGAGGGUCAGUUUAAUGAAGAAUUAUUUUUGUCAAAAUCAGAGAUCAAAUCCAUGUCUUCUGCCACUAUCAUGGCCAUUAGUGCUGCAGAGCUAGCAAUAAAAGACUCCUGUUGGCAUCCACAGUCUGAACUGGACCGCUUCACUGCUGGUGUGGCUGUUGGAAUGGGAAUGGUUCCACUAGAAGAGAUUUUCAAUACAGCCUUGACAUUUAAGACAAAGGGAUAUAGCAAAGUCAGCCCAUUCUUUGUCCCUAAGAUCCUGGUCAAUAUGGCAGCAGGUCAGAUCAGUAUUAGACACCAACUAAAAGGGCCCAAUCAUGCUGUAUCAACUGCUUGCACUACAGGAGCACAUGCUGUUGGAGAUUCCUUUAGAUUUAUAACUUAUGGUGAUGCUGAUGUGAUGCUGGCUGGAGGAACAGAGGCUUGUAUAAGUUCAUUGUCUUUGGCUGGAUUUGCCAGAGCCCGGGCCCUCAGCACUAAUUUUAACUCAAGCCCUAUGCUGGCAUGCCGACCAUUUGAUUCACAGAGAGAAGGAUUUGUAAUGGGAGAAGGUGCAGCUGUGUUGGUGUUGGAAGAAUAUGACCAUGCUGUACAAAGAGGAGCAAGGGUCUAUGCAGAAAUUUUAGGCUAUGGACUCUCUGGUGAUGCUUGCCACAUAACAGCCCCUGAUCCAAACGGAGAUGGUGCUUUCAGAUGUAUGUCUGCAGCAAUAAAAGAUUCUGGAAUAAGUCCUGAAGAAGUAACGUAUGUCAAUGCGCAUGCCACUUCUACGCCACUAGGAGAUGCUGCUGAGAAUCAAGCUAUCAAGAGACUUUUUAAAGAGCAUGCAUAUAAUCUUGCAGUUUCCUCAACAAAGGGAGCGACAGGACAUCUCUUAGGGGCUGCAGGAGCAAUAGAAGCAGGUUUUACUGCACUGUCCUGUUACCAUGGAAUUUUACCACCAACUCUAAACCUGCAUAACACAGAGCCAGAAUUUGACCUCAAUUAUGUUCCACUAACAGCCCAAGAGUGGAAAAGUGCAAAACGACGCAUUGCUCUCACUAACUCAUUUGGCUUUGGUGGUACUAAUGCAACCUUGUGCUUUGGUAAUAUUUAGUUUAAAAUGUGUAUAAUUACUAUGCAUUUAGAUUGGUGCAUAACCUGAAAAAUUAUUUGCAAUGAUGCAUAACUUGUUGUCCCACAGCAUUUUUACACAAACCAGAACACUUUUUAUUUGCUCACAUUUGAGACUCCUUCCUUCACCCCUCAUUCCCUCUGAUACUUACCAGGUUAUAUUACAGAGUGCAGGAGAAAGCAUAAAAUCAUAUUUUCAAUAAGCAAUACUUAAUGUUGUAUGGUUCCUGGACUGUGCUAUGUGUCUGCAGUUCAUACUCACUUUGCUGGGAAUUCAGGAUGCUCAGCACUUGGGAGGAUUCAGCACUCAUUGUUUAAUUGGUCUGUUCUUUCCCUUACAGUAUUAUUAGUCUUAUUUCAGUUUAAAUGUAACCUUUGAAAUAACAAAUUCAUCACUUCAGCAAUGCUCUCUUUAAAAAUAGUUUUAAAUUCUCUAAAAUACUUUAUUACAAAUAAGUCUGCAAAAGUAUAUGCCAAAAUUAAAAAAAGCUUCCAUUUUCCCCCCAGUAAGCUCAGAAAUAUAAAAUGGUUUUUUAAAUGGAAUUGUUCUCCAAAUCAUUUUCAAAGUUUGUCCCAAUUAGAUGGGGAAAAAAAACAGUUUUCAGGUAGUGAGAGACAGCUGCAGGGUGUUGAGGCUUAGGCUUUUGUUUUCAUCAAAGCUAAAUCUUUUUACAACAUGACAAUAGUAACUCAGUUGAAAUGACUUUUCCCCUAAAGGCUAUUAGUGUACAGAGAUAUAUUUUAAUUUAAAGGGUGGGUUAUUCUGUCACUUGCUUGUUUCUUCCUUGAAUAUGUUGGUAACCAUGAUUUUAUUUCACACUGUGAUAGAUAGUAUUUAAAUAAAUAUAUACAAAUUCCCCUGCUGUGUGUACAAUGAAAGCAUUCCAGUCUUUUGCAGUGUAUGACAGCCUAGAAGUAAAGCUUAGCCAUGUUUUAAAUUUUCCAGAAUAAAUGAAAUUCAAAGAAUAAUUAGCAUACAAUAUAAAAACAAAUUUAUGUUAAAAGAUUACAUUUAAUAAUCUCUCUUAUUGCAUGAUCUCAUCCUGCAAUGUGCCUCUGUCUUUGAAAUCCAUGAAUGUUGAAUGUGUACGGUAUGAUAACUGUUAUAGAAUCAUGGGGCAUGCAGGGACUAUUAACUUGAUGUUUUUGUUAGUGAUUAUAUUUCUGGUUUAGUAAUCUAAAAUAAUAUUUCCUACUGGGUUUAGAGACAAUGAAGGUCAUUAAUACAAAUCUCCAGCAGUGAAAUAAGCGGGGAAAAUGUCUCCUGAAUUUUCAAUCUAUACCGCUCCCAGGAAAAUUUUUUACAUGAUUCUAAGGCUAAGUACAGACAGUCAAAAAUCCUGAGGCUGAUUCAAUUCAAUCUUUGCAGAUUAGUCUAAACUGUAGACUAAAUCAAUAAGCAAGUGAACAGUUAUUCUCUUUUGAUUCU